CGGUGAGAAAGUGAGUGUGUGUGUAUGUGUAUGUAUAUGUGUGUGUAUGUGUGUGUACGCAUGGCACCGUGAGCACUUUGAGUCCGAGUUGCCCCUCUUUCCCCCCAAAACCCCCUAAAACAGAACAUUUUGUGCUAAAACGGGGACCGCGCGCGCGGGCACGCACACCCAGCGAUGUGGAUCCAGGUCCGGACCAUAGACGGGAAGGAGACCCGAACUGUGGAGGAUUUGUCCCGGCUGACCAAGAUCGAGACCCUGCGCCUCAAGAUUCAGGACAUUUUCCACGUUAGCCCCGAGCAGCAGCGCCUGUUCUACAGGGGCAAGCAGAUGGAAGAUGGCCAGACGCUGUUUGAUUACAACGUCGGUCUCAACGACAUCGUCCAGCUUCUCGUCCGCUCUCAGGCCGACCCACCGGACAGCCCCGCCUCCAACAACAACGGUGAGGCCGUGGUCUGUGAGACACCCCCUCCCACCACCGCCUCGCCACCUCCCAGCCCCGACAAAGUAGAAACAACCACAGCCCCCCCGGAGACAGUCACCAGUAACAAUGGAAAUGGCUCAAAGUCAUCCAGUCCACCACUGGACACCCGGCCAUCCACAUCAUCGUCACCAGGACUCCUCGCUGACCCCGGGAUUGGAGUGUUCAAGAUUAACGAGCUGGUGGACUGCAGGGAUAUCAGUAUCGGCGCCUGGUUUGAGGGCACCAUCGAGAGGGUAACCCCAGGUACUAAAAAACAGAACAUCAAGACUGAGACAGCGCCCACUGCUGGCAAGGUGGGCAGACCCAGCAAAAGGACUAAUGGCAAGCUGGAGUCAGAGCCCUGCCCGCCGGCCUCGGACAGUACCGGCACGGCGGGCACAGGCUUAAAUUCGGACAUUGAGGAACCAUCCACGUCUCAGAAGGAUUCCACAGAGAACAGUAAAGACGGCGUCACGUACCACAUCAAAUACGAAGAUUACCCAGAGAACGGUGUGGUGGAGAUGAACGUGGAGGACGUACGUCCACGGGCCCGAACGGUGCUGCGCUUCGAGCAGCUGGAAGUGGGUCAGGUGGUGAUGGUCAACUACAACCUGGAGCUGCCUGAGGAGAGGGGCUUUUGGUAUGACGCUGAAAUCACAGGUCUCAACCACAUCUCCAGGACCAAGAAGGAGGUCCGCGUCAAAAUCUUGCUUGGAGGCCCAUGCAAUGUGAUUGGUGACUGUAAUCUGCAGUUUCUGGAUGAAAUCUACCGUAUAGAGAAACCUGGAGCACCUCCGCUUUCUGCCACUGAUGGCCCGUUCAAACGUAAGAGCGGUCCAGAAUGUAAGCACUGUAAGGCGGAUCCAGACGCGGAGUGCAGGUUCUGUUCGUGCUGUGUCUGUGGGGGGAAGCAGGAUGCGCACAUGCAGCUGCUGUGUGAUGAGUGUAACAUGGCCUUCCACCUGUACUGCCUGAACCCACCGCUGUCCACCAUCCCUGACGACGAGGACUGGUACUGCCCUACCUGUAAGAAUGACACCAGUGAAGUGGUGAAGGCAGGUGAGAAGCUGAAGACCAGUAAGAAAAAGGCCAGAAUGCCCUCAGCGACCAAUGGGAGCCAAAGAGACUGGGGCAAGGGAAUGGCAUGUGUGGGCCGUACUAAAGAGUGCACCAUUGUCCCCUCCAAUCACUACGGCCCAGUUCCCGGCGUUCCUGUGGGAACCACCUGGAAGUUUCGUGUACAGGUGAGCGAAGCAGGGGUGCACCGCCCCCAUGUGGGUGGGAUCCACGGCCGUAGUAACGAUGGCUCCUAUUCGCUGGUGCUGGCUGGCGGCUUUGAGGAUGAAGUGGACCGGGGAGAUGAGUUCACAUACACUGGCAGCGGAGGUCGCGACCUCUCAGGAAACAAGCGAAUCGGAGAGCACUCGUUCGACCAGACGCUCACACACAUGAACAGGGCCCUGGCACUGAACUGUGACGCCCCUUUGAAUGAUAAGGAUGGAGCAGAGUCUCGGAACUGGAGGGCAGGGAAACCAGUGAGGGUGAUCCGGAGCUCGAAGGGCCGGAGAAUCAGCAAGUACGCUCCGGAAGAGGGAAACCGCUACGAUGGGAUUUACAAGGUGGUGAAGUACUGGCCUGAGAUCGGUAAGUGUGGUUUCCUGGUGUGGCGUUACCUGUUGAGGCGUGAUGAUGUGGAGCCGGCGCCGUGGACACCUGAGGGCAUAGAGCGCAGUACGAAACUCGGCCUCAGAGUGCAGUAUCCCCCUGGAUAUCUGGAGGCCAUGGCCAAUAAGAGUAAGAAGGAGGCGAUUGUGAGGGGGGCACGAGCAGGGCCAUCCCGGGGUAAAAGGCAUGGAGGUCGGGGUCGACCAAAAGUCGGCCGGCCACCAAAAAAGAUGAAGGAGGAAGAGGAAGAAGAGGAAGAAGAGAUGGCUUUUGAGGAGGAGGAGGACGAAGAGGUGCACAGCAAUGGUGACCCAAAGUCACCAAAAGAAACAGAAAUCGAGGAGCUAGAAGAGCCCAAAUCGAAGCGGUUGAAGGAGGGGGAGGCGUUUGAGUUGUCUGAGCAGCAGCGUUCCCUCAUUCAGCAGGACCAAGCCAACAAGAAAGUCUGGGAUGAAGCUCUGGGCUUUCUCGUUGAGGGACCGAACUUCUUGCGUAAGGUGGAGCAGAUCUUCAUGUGUGUGUGCUGCCAGGAGCUUGCCUUGCAGCCCGUCACCACAGCCUGCCAGCACAACGUCUGCAAGACCUGCCUGCAGAGGUCGUUCCGAGCGGAGGUGUACACAUGCCCAGCCUGCCGCCAUGACCUGGGCAAGGACUAUGCCAUGAGCCUCAAUAAGAACCUCCAGCAGCUCCUGGACCAGUUCUUUCCAGGCUACAGCAAAGGCCGAUGAGGCGGCGGGCGGAGCAGAUAACGGACAAAUAUCUCCAUCCAGCGCAGUUCAAUGGCACUUACAGUCAAAAACGGCAUUCUUACGCACAUACGCACACGACAUAAACACACACAAACACAAAGAUGCACUAAUUCAUACACUUAAAAACCCACAGAAACCACUGACACACACCUGCACACACACACCCACACACACAGACACAAACACACACGCCACACACGGACAUACACAAAGCACAUACCAUACCCUCCUACAUCUAGAUGGUUCCCUACAUCAACACCAGCCUGACACCUGUAUCCCAGGACAACAAAAAGACAAUGACCCCCCAAGACAGUGGACCUCCGCUGGCUGCGUGUGUGUGUGUGUGUGUGUGUGUGUGUGUGUGUGUGUGUGUGUGUGUCUGUGUGUCCGUGUCCCUGCCCUCGCGUCAUCAGGAGAACCCCACACACUCUUCGCUGGAACUCUCUUAAGAACUGGAACCCUCCUCCAACUCUUACAGAGGAAUGGAUCUGUGUUAAACGGACUUAAUGCUAAUGCUAAUUAUAUGCUAGCAGUUGCUAACCCAGGUAAGAACACCCAACGAUACUGCUGAAUAUUGAAGUCUGAUAUACUCCAAGGUGCUGAAACUAGCCUAGCCAAGAUAUCCUGAGCAGCUAACAGCAAUGAAUGAAUACCAGUGUUAGCAUUUAGCAUGCUAAUCACCGGCAGUAUUAGCGUACAGGCAUGGUCGCUGUUGCUUGGCUAGUAGGGUUUGGUUACACUCUCCCUUUCUGGGUCAACGGCCUAAGACGUCCUGGUUUACGAACCGAGACUGUGGUAAAAAGGUAUUUAGCUAAAUACAGUCAUGCAGCAUGCUAAUUAUCUCAAUGUUGCAGAAGCUCAUUCUCGCCUGUUUUUUGUUGCUGUUUUUGUUUUUGGCAGCAGUAUGUCACAUUUGACAUUUGAUUUGGUAUCUCAAAAUAAUGACUUCAUUGUUUAUAUACUGUAUAUUUAUAUAUCUUUUAUAUGGGACUGAAAUUAGUGUCAUAGUUCUGUAACUUUUGUUGUGGAAGCUAAAGAACAGUCACUUUAGAGAGUCUGUUCACAUGGACAGUUCUAGCCAGACACCGCCGGUCUUGAUCAUUAACACCCACUGCACUGUCUACUGGGGGUGGUAAUGCCUUCUGUGAUGUAUUUCCGGUACCUAUGAUGUGUGGAUUGAGGAAUAUUAAAUGGCCAUCAAAAUGUGAUGGCUAUUAAUCAGUACCUACAAAAAGUGUCUAAGAAAGGACAACAAAUAUUCUGUCAACAGGGUUAUAAGUCCCCAAAUCACAUUGAAUCUCAUGAAGGUCCCCGUUUAAGUUUGAGAACUUUUUAAGCAGUGGUUCUCAAACAUUUUAAAUUUAUACCCACCCAUGAUCAAACUACAACCGUCAAGUACCACAAGUACCAUUGUCCUUUACAUUGUGCAUAAAUUCCAUGAUGAGUGAACUAAUAAAAAAAACACUCCAAAAUUGACAUCCAUUGAAUUUUUUAUAAGCGUCCAAAUCACAUUAAAGCUUAUUAAGGUCCCCCUUUAAGUUUGAGAAGGCUGCGAGAUAUGAACAUCCCCUGCUGCUCAUAUUUGAGUGCCUGAAUAACCAUUAGUAUUUGUUUUUUGACACAUUAGAAACGUAGAAAAUCUUUUGAUUCUAGUUCUGAUGCUUCUUGUACCACCAGAGGUACACAUACCACAGUCUGAGAAUCACUGAUUUAAAGGAUCUGCUACUAAUGGCUUGGUUUUAGAUACCAGAGCACACCUUCAGUAGUCCUGUAGUGUCCAUGAAUUGACAGGUCAGAGCUUUUUUAGUGGAACAAGAGUGGCCUACUUAUUAUUAAGAAGAUGUGUUAAUGUUCUGGUUGAUCGUGUAUAUAUUUAAAAAUAUAUAUAUACAGUAUAUGUAUACAUUUAAAAUUAAAUUAAAGUUUUUUUAAAAAAGAUUUUUGAGAUACUAAGUCAAACACACUGCUUCCAGAAAUAAAAAAGCACUUAAAAAUGUUUUUUUAUUAUUAUUUUCAUUGUUGUUUCGCUACCUUGUGGCAAUGGAAGCCGCUGUUUCAGCACAGAUUGCAGCCACUGAUUGCAUCCGUUCUUGAUUGGUACUUUUGAAGAAAAAAAAACACUACACAGCCUGUCUCAGUGGGUGCUCCCGUUCGUCCAGGUGAAGAGAUUCAAAUGUAAUUAGGUGACUAAUUGAUUGAUUUUCUGAUUCAUAGCUCCAGGGAGUUGAGUAAACUCAACACUUUAACAUGAUUCAACUGUUUAACAAACUUAUUGAAAUUCAAUCGACUUUUGAACUAGUCUGACAGGUUUAAGCACUGUUGUUGUUGUUGUUCAGCUGCCCACCUUCACACCUAUUCGGCCAGGAUCCAGCGAUGGUCUGUUUCAGAGGACUGCAGUACAGUUUGAGGCAUUUUUAUUGAGGUCUGUAAUCUGGCCCAGCAAUAAUAACCAAGCCUUUUUGUUGUUUUGUUUAAACCAAAGGAGCUGAUUGGCUAAAUAGAUGUUAUAAGAGGUUCUAAACGGUUUUAAGCGUUAUAUUACAAAAGGUUGUGUUGCCUUGGUUCCUUUUGGGGGUGCUGUUUACUGGGGGCAUGUAUUCAUGAAGGUGCUUGGCUGGAAAUCCAGCUACACAUGUAAGAAACAAAGUGCUCUCAGCAGCCAGAGUCCGAGAGAGCACAAUUGACCUUGCUCUUUCUGGGUGGGUAGAUGGCACUCUCUCCCCACAUCACUCCCAAUGUUAUGUCCAUCAGCACAGGGUUUCUGCACUACUCAGUGAUGCUGCAUUAGCGUCAGUUGGAAUAGAGGAAAGAGACGGUGUCUGGCUGUCAGAAGAGGCUAGAGAAUGUGCGAGCCUUCACUCUCCCAGUGUUGAGGGCAUUACUAGUUAAAGGGGCGGUUUAAUUAGUGGGUGGGAUAAUUGCCAUUUCAAAUUGGGAA